AUGUCAGUGUCUGGCAAGAAAGAGUUUGAUGUGAAACAGAUCCUAAGGCUACGCUGGAGGUGGUUUAGUCAUCCUUCACAAGGUUCCCUUAACAUUGGAAGCUGCCUUCGGCAGGAAGGAAGAGAGGAGAGAGGGACCUCGGUUCAGGACAGGUUGAAGAACCACUCUCAGGACAGAAAUAGACUAAAGAAAGUCAACAGUGCUGUCCACCACAAUAUAUCAGCACCAGUGCCAGGACGGGGUCCUAUUCUUCAAGCAAAGCUUCAGAAUCUAAAGGAUCGAAACUUCACAGAACAUCUUGCAGCAAAUGAAGAUACUCCUAAAGCAGAACCAGAGGAGAAUUUUUUCAAAGAAACUUGUGGGAAACUCACAGAAAAUUUGGAGAUGAUGGCUGAUGAUAAUAAAGAGGAUUCUAGAGCACGAUUAUAUACUCAACAUUCUGAUGAAAUGAAUGCACCCAGGUCAGAGGAGCACUUCCAUGCUUUAAACCAUGCAGAGCAAACUCUUCAUAAAAUGGAGAACUACUUGAAAGAGAAACAACUGUGUGAUGUGUUGCUCAUUGCUGGACAUCUUCGAAUUCCAGCUCAUCGGUUGGUUCUUAGUGCAGUGUCGGAUUACUUUGCUGCAAUGUUUACUAAUGAUGUGCUUGAAGCCAACCAAGAAGAGGUCAGGAUGGAGGGAGUAGAUCCAAAUGCACUUAAUUCUUUGGUGCAGUACGCUUACACAGGUGCUCUGCAACUGAAAGAAGAUACUAUUGAAAGUUUACUGGCUGCAGCUUGUCUUCUGCAGCUGACACAAGUCAUUGACAUCUGCUCCAGCUUCCUCAUAAAGCAGCUCCAUCCUUCAAACUGUUUAGGAAUUCGGUCAUUUGGAGAUGCUCAGGGAUGCACAGAGCUCCUGAAUAUAGCACAUAAAUAUUUCAUUGAACAUUUCAUAGAGGUUAUAAAGAACCAAGAAUUUCUCCAGCUUCCAGUUAAUGAGAUUUCCAAGCUUCUGUGCAGUGACGACAUUAAUGUGCCUGAUGAAGAAACCAUUUUCUAUGCUUUAAUGCAGUGGGUGGGCCAUGAUGUUCAGACUAGGCAAGGAAACCUGGCAAUGCUGCUUUCAUGCAUCAGACUCCCAUUACUUCCUCCACAGUUACUUGCAGAUCUUGAAAAUAGCUCCAUGUUUACUGGUACCACUACAAUUGAAAAAUAUGACCUUAGGACCAAUAGUUGGCUUCACAUAGGCACAAUGAAUGGCCGUAGGCUUCAAUUUGGAGUUGCAGUUAUCGAUAAUAAGCUUUACAUUGUGGGAGGAAGAGAUGGUCUGAAAACUUUGAAUACUGUGGAAUGUUUUAAUCCAGUAGACAAAAUCUGGAUGUUGAUGCCUCCCAUGUCAACACAUAGGCAUGGCUUAGGUGUAGUCACCCUAGAAGGACCAAUGUAUGCUAUAGGUGGUCAUGAUGGUUGGAGCUAUCUAAACACUGUGGAAAGAUGGGACCCUGAGGGUCGCCAAUGGAACUAUGUGGCCAGUAUGUCAAUUCCUAGAAGUACACUUGGCGUUGUUGCAUUAAACAACAAGUUAUAUGCUAUUGGUGGACGUGAUGGGAGCUCCUGCCUCAAAUCAAUGGAAUAUUUUGACCCACACACUAACAAGUGGAGUCUAUGUGCUCCAAUGUCCAAAAGGCGGGGGGGUGUGGGAGUUGCAACAUACAAUGGAUUUUUAUAUGUCGUAGGGGGUCAUGAUGUGCCUGCUUCUAAUCAUUGCUCGAGGCUUUCUGACUGUAUGGAACGUUAUGACCCAAAAAGUGAUUCAUGGACAACUAUGGCACCCCUGAAUGUUCCUCGAGAUGCUGUUGGUGUGUGCGCCCUUGGAGACAAACUCUACGUGGUAGGAGGUUACGAUGGCCAUGCUUAUCUGAAUACUGUUGAGUCAUAUGAUGCUCAGAAAAAUGAAUGGAAUGAGGAGGUUCCUAUUAACAUUGGAAGAGCUGGUACCUGUGUUGUGCUGGUGAAGCUACCUUAAAAUUAUCUCUAUGAAAUGUAAUGAAACUUGAUAAUGUCAACAAAGAAAACAAAGGACAAAACAAGAAAUAUUCUUUCCUUCAGCAAUUAAUUACAAAACUUGAAAAUUGUUAUGUCAUUUAACUAUGUAUUUAGAAUUGUUUUCAUUUGUACAGUAUCACAAAAGUUUUCAAUAUGAAUUGCAUAUAAAAGCAAAUUUUGUGUGUUGUCCCAGGUGUGGUAUCAAGGGAAUUAUAAUUG